UGACGUUUAGGGUCGAUGGAUGUCGAUGACGUGUGUCAUGUCAUUUUAAGAAUUUCGUGGAGGCGUUUAUCACGAAAAUGGAAUUAUUAAAAUUAUCGUCGGUUAUUGCAUUAUUUCUGUUAAUAGAUGCCACUUCAGCUCUAUACUUCCACAUAGCUGAAGGAGAAAGAAAAUGCUUUAUCGAAGAAAUACCAGAUGAUACAAGUGUAAUAGUAAAUUACAAAGUCGAGCUUUACGAUCCGAAGUCUGGCGGCUUUAUGCCCUCGACUCCAGGCAUUGGCAUGCAUGUGGAGGUCCGGGAUCCAAAUGACCGUAUCUUGUUAUCUCGUGUUUAUUCCUCGGAGGGAAUGAUCUCAUUCACUUCCACAACUCCUGGUGAACACGUUAUCUGCAUGUACUCCAACAGUACGUCAUGGUUCAGUGGAUCACAGUUGAGAGUUCACUUGGAUAUUCAAGUGGGUGAGCAUGCAGUUGAUUAUGCCAACAUUGCACAGAAAGACAAAUUGACUGAAUUGCAGUUGCGUAUAAGGCAGCUUCUGGACCAAGUUCACCAGAUCACCAAGGAACAAGCGUAUCAAAGGCAAAGAGAAGAGCGCUUCCGCCAGACAUCAGAGAGCACAAAUCAGCGUGUGCUGUGGUGGAGUCUUCUGCAGACCGGUGUGCUAGUGACCAUCGGCUACUGGCAAAUGAGGCAUCUCAAGAGUUUCUUUGAGGCCAAGAAAUUAGUCUAAUAAAUUAUUGAAAUAAGUUUUAGUUGUGCUAUUUUUUUCCUCUUUCCCAAAAACUGUUGAAUGUAAUUUAAAUGUUUUUAUAGUAACACAAAUUGUGAGCUUUUUGUAAAUGAUCUGUAUUUUUCCAAUAAAAUAAAAGCUACA